AUGGGGGAGGACCCUUCAAUCCCUUCAUCCUCUUCAUCCCAAAUGUCCGAGGACGACGACCGAUCUCCGCCGUUUGAUCUCAUCGACGGUCAAAUCGCCUCCAACAAGGCCCGGAACUGCUCCGGAGUAUCCGGGUCAUCCGGGUCGGGCGGAAACUCCAUCGAGUACAGCGUCCCCUACUCGGACCAAGUCCUCGAGAAUGUUCUCGAAAACGUGCUAUGCUUCCUCACCUCUCGCAGCGACCGCAACGCCGCCUCAUUGGUCUGCAAGUCGUGGUACCGUGCGGAGGCCCUCACCCGAUCCGAGCUCUUCAUCGGCAACUGCUAUGCGGUCUCUCCACGCCGGGCCACGGCCCGCUUCACCAGGGUCCGGGCCGUGACAAUCAAGGGGAAGCCCCGGUUCGCCGAUUUCAACCUCAUGCCGGCCCAUUGGGGGGCCCACUUGGCGCCAUGGGUCUCUUCCAUGGCCAAGGCUUACCCUUGGCUCGAGAAGCUUUUCCUUAAGCGCAUGUCUGUGACGGAUGACGAUCUUGCCCUCUUGGCUGAGUCGUUUCCUGGGUUUAAAGAGCUUGUUCUUGUUUGCUGCGAUGGGUUUGGGACCAGUGGGCUCGCCGUGGUCGCUAGCAAGUGCAGACAGCUUAGAGUGCUUGAUCUGACUGAAUCUGAUGUUAUGGACGAUGAUGUGGAUUGGAUAUGUUGUUUUCCGGAGACUCAAACCUGUCUCGAAUCUCUGAUGUUUGAAUGUGUAGAAUGCCUCAUAAAUUUUGAGGCAUUGGAGAAGCUGGUGGCUAGGUCACCUUCCCUGAAGAAACUAAGCUUGAACCGCUUUGUUUCAAUUGGGCAGCUAUACCGUCUGAUGGUUCGAGCGCCCCAACUCACACACUUAGGAACUGGUUCAUUCAAUACAUCAGAGGUCAUGGUUCAGGGUGAUCAAGAACUCGAUUAUCGCUCUGCUUUUGCUGCUUGCAAAUCCCUAGUGUAUCUAUCUGGGUUCAGGGAAAUCUUGCUGGAUUACUUACCUGCAAUUAGUCCUGUUUGUGGUAAUCUCACCACUCUGAAUUUCAGCUAUGCGAAUAUCAAUGCAGAACAACUUAAAUCAGUCAUAUGCCACUGCCACAAACUCCAGACCUUCUGGGUACUAGAUUCAAUAUGCGAUGAAGGACUUAAGGCAGUAGCUCGAACUUGCAAGGACCUGCGUGAGCUCCGGGUUUUCCCAGUUAAUGCUCAGGAGGAUAUUGAGGGUCCUGUUUCUGAGGUGGGUCUCCAAGCAAUUUCUGAGGGUUGUAGAAAACUGCGAUCUAUUUUAUAUUUCUGCCAACGUAUGACAAAUGCAGCUGUGAUAGCCAUGUCAAAGAAUUGCCCGGAUCUUGUGGUGUUUCGUCUCUGUAUAAUGGGGCGCCACCGGCCUGACCAUGUUACCGGUGAGUCCAUGGAUGAAGGUUUUGGAGCAAUUGUUAUGAACUGCAAGAAGCUCACCCGCCUGGCUGUCUCUGGUUUACUGACUGAUGGAGCUUUCAGUUACAUUGGAAAAUAUGGAAAAUUGGUUCGAACUCUCUCAGUUGCCUUUGCUGGUGACAGUGACACAGGGUUAAAACAUGUGCUUGAGGGCUGCUCUAAUUUGCAGAAGCUUGAAAUCAGGGAUAGCCCUUUUGGGGAUACAGCAUUGCGCUCUGGUUUGCAUCACUAUUACAAUAUGAGAUUCCUCUGGAUGUCUUCGUGUACGUUAACUCGCCAAGGUUGUCGUGAGAUUGCUCGAGAACUCCCCGGUCUAGUGGUGGAAGUAAUGAAAAAUGAACAAGAGGAAGACACGGGUGAGCCUGAGAAUGUCGAUAUACUAUACAUGUAUCGAUCCCUUGAGGGAGCCAGGGAUGAUAUUCCAAAGUUUGUUGAGAUCCUAUAA